GAACACACUGAUCCUUCAUUGCAUCCUCUUCAUCGGUGCAGUAGGUACAGUACUGUACGGCAGUACAUACUAACGUUAAUCCCCAGGCGCUGUCUGUCAAGAGCCGGUAUGGAUAUUCCCGUGCGGCAGCCCAGGUCGGUGGGGUUGGGGUGAACACUCUCCCGCUGCCGAGCUGCUUUUCCGAAGGUGGAGACUUGCCGAGACUAGACAUUACGGCAGUGCCGUCGGCCAUUCACGGGAUAACGGGAUUGGGACCGAUCGCGGCUUUCGCUGCCAUGGGGUCAAGGUACUGUACCAUUUUAGUGCCAACGACGGUUCAGUCGGAACCUUAUUGCCUUUCCUUACUGUUGAUUUUCUAUCCCAUUUGUCUGUUUCCCUGUUUCGAUCCGUUGCCGUCCAAUCCUCUUUUCCAUUGACUGCCCAUCAAUUGCAGAGGGGUUCAUAGGCACUUGAGCCGUCCAACACCCCCGACUCACAAAGAUGCCGUCGACAGCCCUGUGCAUAAGGACGCUGAAGGCUUACGCCAAGUACGGCCAGAAUCAUGCAGCGCUCUUUGCGCGGGCCUUCUCGGCCACCGCCCGCCGCGCCGAAAUCAACAAGGUCUACCCCUCGGCCGCCGAGGCUCUCAAGGACAUGAAGCCAAACACGACACUUCUCUGCGGCGGCUUUGGGUUGUGCGGUGUGCCGGACACGCUGAUCAAUGAGGUCCUCAACAAGCCCGAGAUUACGGGUCUAACAGCUGUCUCCAACAAUGCCGGUACCGAUAACAGCGGCCUCGGCAAGCUACUCAAGACGAAGCAGAUCAAGAAGAUGAUUGCCUCUUACAUUGGCGAGAACAAGACGUUUGAGACCAUGUACUUAACGGGCGAAGUUGAGCUAGAGUUAACGCCCCAAGGGACACUGGCCGAACGAUGUGCAGCGGGGGGCAAGGGCAUCCCCGCCUUCUACACUCCGGCCGCGUUCGGCACUGUCGUGCAGACCGGCGAGCUGCCGUUACGCAACAAGCCCGACGGCACCCCGGACCAGUUCUCAUACCCCAAGGACGUCAAGGUGUUCAAUGGCAAGAGCUACCUCCUCGAGCAUGCAAUUGCAGGCGACUACGCCUUCGUCAAGGCGUACAAGGCCGACCGGCUCGGCAACUGCCAGUUCCGCCUGGCCGCCAACAACUUCAACGGCGCCAUGGGCCGCAAUGCCAAGAUGACCAUCGUCGAGGCCGAGCACAUCGUCGAGCCCGGCGAGAUCCCGCCCGAAGCGGUCCACCUCCCCGGCAUCUACGUUAAGCGGGUCAUUCAGAGCACCGCCGAGAAGAACAUCGAAAAGUACACGUGGAGCAAGGACCCGAGCGAGGCCGCCGAGGAUCCCAAGGCCGCCGCCGCUCUGGGCACGGGCGACACCAAGGCCAAGCGCGAGCGCAUCGUCCGGCGCGCCGCCAAGGAGUUUAAGAACGGCAUGUACGCCAACCUGGGCAUCGGCAUGCCCAUGCUGGCGCCGGGUUUCGUCGGCGAGGACGUCGAGGUGAUGCUGCAGAGCGAGAACGGCAUUCUCGGCCUGGGCCCCUACCCGCGAAAGGGCGAGGAAGACGCGGACCUGAUCAACGCUGGCAAGGAGACGGUCACGCUCAAGCCGGGGGCUUCGGUGUUUGGGUCCGAAGAGAGCUUUGGCAUGAUCCGCAGCGGCCGCAUCAACCUGACCAUCCUGGGCGCAAUGCAGGUCAGCGCCACGGGCGACCUUGCCAACUGGAUGUUGCCGGGCAAGGUCAAGGGCUUUGGUGGCGCCAUGGACUUGGUCAGCAACCCUAGCGCGACAAAGGUUGUGGUGACGAUGGAGCACACAGACAAGAAGGGCAACCCCAAGAUUGUCAAGCAGUGCGCCUUCCCGCUCACGGGCAAGGCCUGCGUGUCGAGGAUUAUCACCGAGCUGGGCGUCUUUGACGUUGAUUUUGCCCACGGGCUGACAUUGAUCGAGAUUGCCGAUGGUGUGACUGUCGAUGAGAUCAAGGCCAAAACCGAGGCUCCCUUCCGUGUGGCUGAUGACCUGAAGCCUAUGCUCUGAGUGAGGAAAUAGUGAAAUUGGAUAUUGGAAUGGUUAGUACGGCGGAGGUUCUCUGUCUAGCAUUGGUGGGUUAACAUUGUACCAUACGAUAAAUAGCUUGUGGUUGACGGCUUGGUCGGGAGAUGUAUCACAGCGGCUGAUUUUGGCUUCCUUUUAUAUUGCGACUUCAUACCCCUGCGAGGAAUUGAUGACAACUAAGGCCAUCUAUCAAAUGACAUGACGAUGUUGUAUUACCGCGAUCACGUAGAGUCACGCUACGCAGGCCCAAGAACCUUCUCCGCCGUCGACACAUUGGUACCAGUGUUGUCCGGUUCCACGGCGACCGACUUGACUUUGCCCUGCUCUAUGACAAUGGCGUAGCGCUUCGACCGGUCACCUCCAAAGAUGGCCGAGCCAUCAAACGACAGGUCGAGCGCCUUUGUGAACGCCCCGGUGGGAUCGGCCAAGA